CGCUUCACCCCAUGGUUCGAUGCAUCGGCGGUUGAUUAAUGUUCAGCUGGCUGCUCGGUGCAUAGGGCUGCCUUCGCUACGGACCUGCAACCGAGCAGGAUGGCGUCUCAGCCUCCUCCGCCUAAGCCAUGGGAGAGCAGAAGGGUGCUAGGCGGCCUCCCGGCCCCGUCCUACCAGUCUGCAGAUCUUAGAGCAAACAUCUUGACAAGACCAGGCCAGCCCACCCUCACCAGAGUAGCUCCUCCUGUUUUACCUAGACCAUCCCAGCAGACUGGAAGCACUGGACUUAGCACCUACCGGCCUGCAUACAACUCAUUCUCCCCCAGCUUUGGUUCCUAUGGCAGUUCAUUCUAUGGCGGGUACAGCCCUUACAGCUAUGGAUACGGUGGUGCACUUGGCUAUAACAGGUUCCAAGCAGAAGAUAUCCCUCCCAGCAGGUUUGUCCGUCAGGCUGAAGAAAGCAGCAGGGGGGCCUUCCAGUCAAUUGAAAGCAUUGUCCAUGCUUUUUCGUCUGUUAGCAUGAUGAUGGAUGCCACUUUCUCUGCGGUUUAUAACAGCUUUAGAGCUGUUUUGGAUGUCGCUAACCAUUUCUCCAGAAUGAAGGUGCAUUUUACAAACGUUUUCUCAGUUUUUGCAUUAGUGAGAACAAUCCGGUUUCUGUACAGGCGUUUGCAGCGCCUGCUGGGCCUUCGGAAAAAUUCAGAAACAGAAGAUUUGUGGUCUGAGAGUGCUGGAACUGUAGCAAAUGCUGGCGUAAAGGAUGGACAGGCCACCAACUCUGCCAAGUCAUGGCCAAUUUUCAUGUUUUUUGCUGUCAUCCUUGGUGGCCCCUACCUCAUAUGGAAGCUUCUUUCUGCUUGUAAUGAAGAAGUUAAUAAUGAAAAUGUAAACUGGGCGAGUGGAGAAGAUGAUCAUGUCGUGGGAAGAGCAGAAUAUGAUUUCACUGCUGCCUCUGAAGAAGAAAUUUCCUUCCAUGCUGGAGAUAUGCUAAAUCUAGCUCCUAAAGAGCAACAGCCCAAAAUACGGGGUUGGCUGCUGGGAAGUGUGGAUGGCCAAACAACUGGAUUUGUACCUGCUAACUACGUCCGAAUCCUAGGAAAAAGAAGGGGAAGGAAAGCAGCGGGUGUGGAGCAAAGGCAGGAGCAGCAACCUGUCCCUGAUGCCUCGUCUGUUCCUAUAGGGGCUGCUGAAGUUGCUUCAUUAGAAGAGCAAGAGGCUGCACUGGAGUCUGUUUUUGUGGAAACCAACAAGUCUGCAGGCAGCAGUAACGCAAAUGAAAUUCAGGGGGGAGCUUUUGAUCUCUGAUUAACUUCUUUACUAUUGCAACAUACUUGGGAAAAAAUAUGCAUUUCCAUUCCUUCCAGGAGCUAAAAGGGAUUAGAUGUCUCCCCCUUGUUGCAAAGAAAGCUGCUAAAUAAUGCUCUGGGGCAUAGAAUCUCAUACAUUCAGUCAGUGUGCAAGGUUUAGCUGUAAUGAAGUCUACACUUUAAGGAAAUGCACUAACAUACACACUGGUGGAGCAUUUUAGUCUGGGCUAAGGUUUCUGGGGUUGCAGAUAAAAUACUGUUAAGUUGCAUGUUCGUUUGAUAGUAAAGGGAUUUCUUUUCUUAAAAUGAGCUUCUUAAUCUUUUGGGCUUUGGCACAGGGAGUGUUUUCUCCACUAGCGUAUACAGCCGACAGAGAAGCACCACUCAACCUCGUCUGCCCCCUCACCUACACAAUUAGAUUGGCACAUGGAGGGGAGGGAGGAUUCUGUAUAGACCCUGGAAAUUACAGAUCUGAAAAUGACUUAAAACUACGUCUGCCGCCUCCCAUUCAACUGAAUGAUUGCCUUAUGGCAACAGCACUGGCCCUUUUCAACCAGAUGAUGCUUUGGUGAGCAUUACCCACAAUUCUGUUGUACAUUACACUUCUGCCAUUUGAAUACACUGUUUGUGAAAAAGCCUAGUGUGCCAUUGGUCUUAAAACUAGUGAGCACUUCUGCAUACAUAACAAGAUAACACAAUGUUAGUCACAUUAGUGGUCUCCUUUAAAGCCAGACCAGAAUAAUAUCCAACUGUAUUCUACCUUUAGAGCUAACACAAAGCUGCUAAUCUGAGAGAUUUAUUGUGAAAGUUCUCGCUCAUAGAAUAACACAAUAGUAAUACAGAAAGAGGUGACCCAAACUGAGAAAAGGAAGUCAUGAUGCCAGCUAAUGAUGAGCCUUUCACAACUGCUUCUGUUAUAGGUAACUUAUAGGUAAGUUAGCUUGAGUACCCAGAGUAGACUGCAUACCUUUUACAUUUAAAGGAACUGCAGUUGACUUGGUAAUAUCUGUGUGCCCAAUGACAUAUCGGAUCUUGGAUUAUCUCUGUGUGUUUUGUUUUAAUAAGUGUUUUUUUUUUUUUCUUUACCUGCAGUUUUCUAUUUUGUUCCUACUACAAAUAUGCAUCAAAUCCUUAGCCUGUAAACUGAUUUAUGGUUGGCUUUUUUUUCUUGGAAAGGACAAGCAAAAAGGCAGAAGUAAAAGCUGCAUGUUAUAGGGAAUGGGGAUAUUUGUUUCUUAAUUGCUUGGCUAACAAAUAUUUCAAAAAGUUUAUUAGGAUUGAAAAAUGUGAUUGCUGCAUAUACUGUACACAUAGGAAGAUUUUUUUUGACAUAACCAUUAUAUAAAAAAAACUUCUGCUCAGGCUGCUGCCUUAUAAGGUUACUGGCACAUGGGGAGACUAGUUGCCCAAAAUAAAUCUUUGCUGCUGCAGGCAACUAGUCUCCCCCCCAAAAUCCUUUCCCACCAGUGACUUACAUUAUUGCUGAGGGGAAAACAUUUUGCAGUAGCAAAGAUUUAUCGCAGGCAACUAAUCUCCUCAUGUGCCAGUAACCUUACUCGGCGGUGAGUAAACAUAUGUGGCACUUUGUUUUGUUGACUGAAGUUGCCUCACAAGGAAACUCCCAGCCAACUUUGGGAAAACAAAAUGCCAUGUAUGGUUUCCCACCAAGGAUUUACAUCAUUGCCGACAGGAAAGCAUUUCAGGGAGAUUAGUCGCCUGCGGUAAUGAAGAUUUAUCUCAGGCAGUUAAUCUUACUGUGUGCCAGUACCCAAAGAGUGUUUUGAACCUAUUCCUAUUUUCAGGCAAUAAUUCUGUGUCUGGGGAAAAGCCAUGGUGCCACCAUUGAUGUCUGUGGGUAGGUAGUGGUUAUUGUGAUCAUUCUACAUGUAGCAGGUGAACCAAAUGCCCUGGGAACCAUGAACCUAAUACAGACUGCUUAGCUAGAUUUCAAUUGGCUGUCUGACAGGAUUGACAAUAGUUUCCACUCCAUCACCCUCACCAAAUUUGAGAGUGCAACAAUAAGAUAUUUCAGUUUCUGUGUAAUUCUGAUCAGCCCCACACUGAAAGGGCUCUCUCAGUCCAUUUAUUACAUUUGUUUCCAUUGUAAAUAUACAUAAGUAUAUGAUUUCAAAAUAGAUAUUUCUAAUAUUUCAAAUCUAAAUGUUAAUUUUAUUAAAGCAAGAAGUGUAUCACUGCUUGUUUUGCAAUAAAUUGUGUUAGAAUUUCA